CUGACCGACGCGAAGAAAGAGAGAAAGAACCAAAAAAGUUUGCGGAAAAGUGCAACAAUUAAUAUCCCCCGCCAUCGAGAUGCUGCCAUGCAUAUAGUCGAUCGCAUUCGCUUGAAAAUGCGCUGCUGCGUGUGACGACAGUUUUCCCAGCCAGGUAAUUGCAGUCUGAUUUUCCGCGUGUGCGUGUGAGUGGGAAAACGCGUGUCCAGGAAAAACGCGCCAACCAAAAACAAAAUCCCCAAGUUACUACCGCCCAGCCAGCGAUCACGCGCCCCCAACCCGUUUUAAAUGAUAAUGGUGCGAAGACGACAACGGACCGCCAAGGAGUCCACGUCCUCCCCCGCCUCCGGGGGAGGACCCUCCUCGGCAUCUGACAUUCCGGUGGACCAAACGCUGCCAAUGAGCGUGGCGGGAAGUCUGCUGGAGGAUCAGUAUUUUGCCAGCCCCAAGCGGAAAGACUGCCGACUGAUGAAGGUCAGCGAAAAUGGUCAACUGCCGGAAACCACAUUGAUGGACCACAAAGGCCAUCACAAAGACAACAAAGCGGGUCGCACAAUAGGCGUUCCCUUGGCCACACGCUCGCAAACGCGCACUAUUGAGAACUUUUUCAAAGCAAAUGCUGCCGUCAAGGAUUCCGAAAAGACAAUACACACAGAGGAUCAGCUAAAGCUGGUGCAUGAGGAGCUAAACCAAGAGGAUAAGCAGAUGAAUGGACAGCUGAACGAGGAGGGUGAGGAGCUACAACUGGCAAAUGAGCAACUAAAUGAGCACCUGGCCUUUGCCGACGACGAAGAUGCCAAGGCAGAGCAAAAACUAAUGGAGGAGCUGCAACUGCAGCAGGUUGUAGAGGAACUACUGUUCGAUGGCAGUUCUAGAGCCUCCUCGGAUUCGCCCUGCUAUCAGCGUGAGAUGCAGGCCAUGCAAGAGAUCCAAGUGAUGCCUGAAAUCCUACACAUCAAAGAGUUUCCAGAGCUAAAUGAGCGACUCGGCUCCCUGGCCGACUUUCAGACCCAUCGAUCUGCGCUGAGGGACAGCCACAGUUCGACGCACAGCAGCAGCACCGACAACAUCUUUCUGCAGGAACCCGUGCUUACCCUCGACAUAGAUCGCACGCCCACCAAAGCCUCUAGCAUAAAAAUUAAUCGCAGUUUUGAGCUGGCCGGAGCCGUGUUCUCAUCUCCUCCUUCUGUGCUAAAUGCCUGCCUUAAUGGGCGCUUCAAUCAAAUAGUAAGCCUUAAUGGUCAAAAGGAGCCGCUGGCUGGGCCAAGUUUCGACUUGGACCAACACGACAGCAGUUCCUGUGACAGCGGGGUAGCCUGUGCACUCACUGCCAAUACUGAAUCGCCAGCGGGGCAAGCUCGUCGCAGGAAACCAGCCACACCGCAUCGCAUUCUGUGCCCCUCGCCCAUCAAGACCGGUUUAAAGGUAACCGGAGGGAUUUGCAAGGUCGGAUCCACGGAUCCGUUGUCGCCGCGCAAGUCGCCAAGGAAAUUGCCCGCCACCACUGCGGCCGUGGCCGCCUGCAAGUCGCGUCGAAGACUGAACCAGCCAAAGCCACAAGCGCCUUACCAGCCACAACCACAAUUGCAGAAAUCACCGCCACAACAGCAGCAGCAGGAUGACAUCGUUGUGGUGCUGGAUGACGAUGAUGAUGAGGACGAGGACGAUGUCCACGCCCUGCUCAAGGCCGCCGAAGAGCGGGAGAACCAGAACAAAGCACCAGCCACAGCCAACUGUAACAAGGCGGGCAUGAAAGCCAUGCUCAAGCCAGCGCCUGUAAAAUCAAAGACCAAAAGCAAGGGGCCAGCGAAGGGACAACCGCCGCUGCCCUUGGCUGCCACCAAUGGCAACCGUGAGAUGACCGACUUCUUCCCGGUGCGAAGGAGCGUACGCAAAACCAAGACGGCCGUCAAGGAGGAAUGGAUGCGCGGCCUGGAGCAGGCAGUGCUCGAGGAGCGCUGCGAGGGUCUCCAGGUCCGUCACUUUAUGGGCAAGGGAAGAGGUGUGGUCGCCGAGCGGCCCUUCAAACGAAACGAGUUCGUGGUGGAGUAUGUGGGAGACCUCAUAUCCAUUAACGAGGCCGCCGAACGGGAGAAGCGCUAUGCGUUGGAUGAGAAUGCCGGGUGCUACAUGUACUACUUUAAGCACAAGACCCAGCAGUACUGCAUCGAUGCCACUGUGGACACCGGCAAGCUGGGACGCCUCAUCAAUCACUCUCGUGCCGGCAACCUGAUGACCAAGGUGGUACUCAUCAAGCAGCGACCACACCUCGUACUCCUGGCCAAGGACGACAUCGAGCCGGGCGAGGAGCUGACCUACGAUUACGGGGACCGAUCCAAGGAGUCGCUGCUGCAUCAUCCCUGGUUGGCCUUCUGAGGAAGAGCUUUCCAGGAGCUCGCAAAGGGGGAUGCGGUUCAGCCUUAAAACGAAGACUAUUUACCAUGUUCGAGGCAGAUAAUCUUGAACAUACGACCAGGGCUAAACUGGUUUUUGGCUCGAGGGAUUCUUUAUUAGCUUUUAUACGUAGAUUGCCUCGCCUUGAACUAAGCAAAUUUGUUUUCAGACCUGUUCCCAUUACGGUAAGCUGUCGGAAUUAUUUUUAAUUAGUAAUUUUCGUUAACAAAAAUGUAUCAAGACCUUAGCGAGUUAUAUUUUUUGUAAGACCAAUUCAAUCAAUCCAAAUUCCGGCAAUUUUAAUCGGCAUGGAACAGAGAACAGGGAUAUUUGAGACUCGUUCAGGGCAUCCCCGAGCUUAGAUCUUAUUUUGAGGGAAAGUAUGUAAACUGUUAGUUCAAAAUAUCAUAACGGAUAGCCACACCCACACACCCCUCACCCAAGGGUGGUUCCAGCCAGGGAAGGAAAGUAAUCAAUGCCUCAGAAAUAGGUCUAAAAUCAAUUUUGGUCUGUGCAGUUUCCAAAAGAAGUUACAAAACAAGUUGAAAUUUCUCUUGGAUCAGUGAAAAUAAUCGAAAUUAUCUAAUAAGAACAAAUUUAUCAAAAAGACCUAGACUUUAGAGAUUGUAAAUUGAUAUUAGACCAAUGUUUCCUCAAGCGAAAUGCCUUAAAAUUGUGCGAUUACGGUUCACCCCCAAAGGUUCUUUAGCCGAAGAUCGAUCCACCCCUGCCCCCCACACUCAUGAGCAUAAUUUUUGAUUUGUUAGCGUUUCAUUAUGUUAAAGCAAGGCUAAAGUUAAGGAAAGAUAAUAAUAAUAAUAAUUAAAAACAACGCGCUUAAGCAUUAAGGCAUCAUAAGAUAAUUGAAUGAAAAUGAAAAACUGUUGACCAUUUAGAGAGACGACGAUGAUUUUCAUGAAGAUGUCAAUGAAGACACACAUUCACAUUGACAAAAAUCGAUCGUACACUAUUUAUAUAGAUAUUUAUAUUAGAUACAUGUGUAAUUUCUAACUAUUACGUACUAUUUACUGCCAUAGAGCUAUACCCCCUCGCACCUGCCCCCGAACCCCUAGGAACUGACACUGAAUCGUUGAUUUAAAUCAUAGACACACACUCAUUAAUUCACGAGGCUUCUCCAGGAGAGUAGUGGACUGCUGGACACCUAGUGCUUCAACUUAUUGAUAAUCUCUCUACUCACACGCAGGUUUCAAUCACACUCACUCACUCGUACACCCAUAUUUUAUAUAUAUUUAAUGGUAGAUCGGCCCGCCCCGUCCCAGAAAUCCGGCUUUUAUAGUUUAGCAAAUGAGUUCAAAUUCGUGUUGUCCCCCCUCACCCAGAUUUCUGUAUUUUAAUGAAUGCUCCAAUAUUGAAGGAUUUUG